UUUUCACAUCACAUCGAGAUACCGAUUACCGGCUCCUUCCUUCCCUGGUUCCGUCCGUUAGUCCCCGGAUUCCUUCCUUCAUUGUCCCGAUUGGCCAUGGCAGCAAGGCCAACAACCCACCGCCGAUAAUCAUGGAGUCUCCCACCAAUUACCCUCCCCCCGCGCCUUUCUUCCUCUUCUCCCGGUUCCCCCCCUCCUCCCUCCUCGUCGGCGCCAACCACACCUCCGCACGCUUCUGCGCCCGCUAAUUAACUUCCCCCACCCCACGCCGGAUUAGGGAUUAGGGAUUCCUCCUCGCAGCAUUCACCAGAUCAGCCACCCCUGACCCCGCCGCCGCUGCCUGGUUCGACGGAGCGGGCAUGGAGCCGCCGCCGCAGCAGCCGGCAUCGCGGAAGUGGUCCGGUAAGGGAAUCCUCACGCGGGCGCUGCUCCUCGGCAUCGCCGCCCUCGCGCUCCGCCUGCUCUACGGGGCCUUCCUCCUCGUCGCCGUCGGCGGCGGCGGCGGGUGGGCGGUCCGCCCGGCCGCGGUGGUCGUCGGGCGCCGGACCAACGUCGAGGCCGCCGCGGGGGCCACGCCGGAGGCGUGGCGGAGCCGCGAGUGGCGGGAGGCGGUGGGCUUCCACGCGGCGCUCCUCGCGGGGCACCUCGGCGGCAGCCACGACGACGGCAACGGCCUCCUCCUGGCCCCGUCCUCCCGCGCCGUCUGCCUCGGCCCCGCCGCGCAGGAGGCGGCGCUCGCGCUGCGGGAGCUCGGCGUGCACGGCGCCGUCGCCGUCGCCAGCAAGCGCCGCCCGCCGCUCGCCGUCGCGGGGGACGACCGCCGCCUGCCCUUCCCCGCCGCGUCCGUCGACUUCGUCCUCGCCGCCCGCGCCCUCGACGCCUCCAAGCGCCCAGCCGAUCUCGCCGCGGAGGCCGCGCGGAUCCUCAAGCCCGGGGCGCAUCUCGUCGUGCUCACCGCCGGCGCCGCCGACGCCUACAGCCUCCGCUCGCUCCAGGCCCUCCUCCUCCCGUCCCUGCGCCUGCUCCGAUCUCGAGAGAUCGACGGCCCUGACGGAUCCACCCUCCGGGAACUCGUCUUCCAGAAGCUCCAUGUUGCUCCUGCGUCCUCCUUGUCUCACGAUCCAGUCAGCAACUGCACGAUCGGGGAUCACAAGCUCCCACUCCUCACCCGCGCCGAGCCGCUGAUCCUGGAAGAGCCACUCAAGCCAUGGCUCACGCUGAAGCGGAACCUCAAGAACAUCAAGUACCUUCCGGAGCUCGCUGACAUCAGCUUCAAGCGCCGGCAUGUGUAUGUCGAUGUCGGCGCCCGUAGCUAUGGAUCAAGUAUCGGCAGCUGGUUCCGGAAGCAGUACCCCAAGCAGAACCAUACCUUUGAGGUGUUCGCCAUAGAGGCUGAUCCCGCUUUCCACCCGGAGUACGCCACGAGGAAGGGAGUCACAUUGCUUCCAUAUGCUGCCUGGGUCAAGAAUGAGACGCUCAACUUCGAGAUCAACGGUGACCCUGGAAAGGAGGAAGAGGCAAAAGCGAAUGGCCGUGGCAUGGGCCGCAUCCGCCCAAUAGCCGGUAAGAAGAUGUCCGGCGAGGUGCGGAGUGUGCCCGCAUUUGAUUUUGCAGAGUGGUUGAAGCAGACAGUGUCGCAGCAGGACUACGUGGUAAUGAAGAUGGAUGUGGAGGGGACUGAGUUCGACUUGAUCCCAAGGCUUUUCGACACGGGCGCAAUUUGCUUGGUCGACGAGCUGUUCCUCGAGUGCCACUACAACCGGUGGCAAAAGUGCUGCCCCGGCGAGCGAUCGCCCAAGUAUCAGAACACCUACGAGGAGUGCUUGGAGCUGUUCAGUUCACUCAGGGACAGCGGCGUUCUUGUGCAUCAGUGGUUUUGAUUACUUCCAUACAGAUUCAGAAUUGCUGCAAAUACAGUUCGACUUCAUACGACAAAAGGGGUUCCUCAGAAUUGCUGCAAAUAGAGUUCGACUUCUACGACAAAAGGGGUUCACACUUCCAUUACACAAUUGAUUUUCAUAAGUAUAUUGUUUUAGUCUUGUGAACAUAGGGAUUCAGAAAUUGCAUUACUGUUAGAUUUCUGUAGUUAAAAAGGAAAACAAGUAGCGUUUAAUUGCACUCCCAGAAAAAAUUGCUGUGGAUUGCUAUUUUUAUUAUUAUUGAACAAACCGAAUCGAUCCAUUUCGAUUCAUUCCAUUGGUUACUGAAACUUUUUAGGCCACAUAAAUUCUGCUGCUCCAGUUUUGUAUUGUCGGCAUUUCAUUUGUUGGCUACAGCAAUCAACAGUCACUGUCGCUCA